AUGGCGGCGCAGACCAUUUCUGUGUGCAAGUUUGUGGGAACAAUUAGUUUGGGUCUUCUGACGGGCGUCUCAGUGACCCUCUCCUCCAUCGCACUCCCCGCACUCCUCGCCCUCCCCACGGCAGUAAACGCCCGCACAUCCCUCACCUACCUAUCUUACAAAUCCACAAACCUAACUUCCUACCUGCGCCACAUCACAACCUUCACGCUAUUCAGCGCCUAUCUGCUCUCACCCAGGCGCUUCCGACACCCCUACCUCCUGUACACGUCAAUAUUUGCCUUUGUGUCUGGCCCGGGCGUCGACUAUGCCGUCUCGUGGAAGGAAGGCAGCGACGAGAAGAGGCAGGUGCUAGACUUGGAGGCCCAAGGUGAUGAUGUGAAUGGGGAGCAGGUCAGGCAGGCGGUGGAGAGGAAGCAGUUCACGGAAAGGAUCAAGACGGGCCUGGCGGGCCUGGCCUUUACUAUACAGCUCAUCGGCAUCUGGGGAGACGGCGCUUAAGCAGUGUACAGAUACGAAGACAUGGUCGUGGUAGAGACAGAUCGUGAUGAUACUUUUACUACCUUUGCGAGAUGUUGUACAUGAUGACGUUGGCGAGCGAUGUUUAUUCCCCUCAGCAUAUACCAAUUAUAUCUUCGCUUUCUAUUCCAUUCAAUGACUUUCGACCUUCUUCCAGUCCUUCGUCAAGAUGAUCCAUCAGCGAACUCCAUCUUCUUUCGACUUGUGCCAAUCUACCAGCUCAGAUAGCGUCACCAGGAU